UUUUCCCAGUUAUUGAAUUGAACAAUGAUGGGUCUAUACACAAACUUUCGUGUUCUACUUUAUGUUGCAAUGUUUGCCUCAUUGUGGCGAAGGUAUUGUUUAGCCUUGGAGACGACAUUUCCAGCUACUUUUAUUUUUGGAGAUUCUUUGGUUGAUGCUGGUAAUAAUAACCACAUUGCAACUAUCGCGAAAGCAAAUUACGCUCCUUAUGGGAUUGAUUUCCCUGGUGGCGCUAAAUCUACUGGACGCUUUUCUAACGGAAGAACAGUAAUCGACAUCAUAGGGGAAGAGUUGGGUUUGAAUGCUUAUAUUCCUCCUUACUUAGCUCGUACAACAGUUGGAGAUGUUGUUUUUCGUGGAGUCAAUUAUGCAUCUGGUAGUUCUGGAAUUCUUAAUGAGACAGGGGCUAUUGCGGGUGAUCGGAUCAACUUGGAUGCACAAAUUGACAACUUCGCGGAAACAAGACAAUACAUUAUCUCAACUGUCAAGAAUGCCAAUCGUUUACCAAAGGCUUCAUCCAAAAGAUUACUUGGGGAAGCUCUUUUCUUUGUUGUAAUGGGUUCUAAUGAUUUCAUUAUCAACUACUUCAGUCCGAUUCCCUCAAUACGUACGCAAAAGGUUACCCCGGAAAUGUUCGUUGACUCAAUGAUUUCUAGAUUCAGACUUCAAUUAACCAGGUUGCACGAAAUGGAUGCAAGAAAGAUUGUUGUUGCGAAUGUUGGAUCAGUUGGUUGCAUCCCGUUAGAAAGAGCUUCAAACUUAAAUUUACAAUAUCCAACUGGUGGUUCUUGCAAGGAUUCCAUGAACAAAGCAACGGUGUUAUUCAACGCGAAACUGAAGAGCCUUAUCACGGAGUUGAACUCAAAUCUUGUUCAGUCCAAAUUUGUAUAUGCAGAUGUCUACAACAUGUUUUCGCAUCUUGUUGAUAACUAUAAAUCUUACGGUUUUGAGAAUUAUAAAACAUCAUGUUGUCAAGUACUUGCGGGACAGCUGCUUCGAGGUCUGUUACCAUGCACUCCAGCAUCAAUAUUGUGUAGGAACCGAUCCAAGUAUGUAUUCUGGGAUUGGGCUCAUCCAACUGAUGCUACCAAUGUUGUUAUUGCAAAAAGGUUUCUCGAUGGCAAUUCUACGGACAUGUAUCCGAUGAACAUUCGGCAACUCUAUUACGCAUGAGCCCUUAGAUUCCGUUGACAGUCUUGUACAACUAACUGUAUUAUACUCUCUUCUGUGAACCAGUCAGCCGUUGGUAUGGUGGAUAUCUACUAGUAUUUAAUUCAUCAAGUUGGCAUCUUGUUGGCGGAAAAGGAGGAUUUGGAAUUACGUUGUGCACCAGAAAAUGAGUCGUUGAAAAUCAACGGAUUUCUGGCCGUCGAAAUUAAGACCGGUAGAUUGUGAGGUUUUAUAUUUCGGAAUGUGCUCAUUUUUGGUAGGUAUGUAGAAUUUGGUAAGAGGAACAUAUGCCCAAAAUAUUAGCUUCAAAUUCGUUACAGUUUGAUUUUUAUUCGUGAAAAUGACACCUGACGUGUGAG